AUUAUUAUUAUUUAUUAUUAUUAUUAUUAUUAUUAUUAUUAUUAUUAUUGUUACUAUUGUUAUUAUUACCAAUUAUUAUUAUUAUUAUUUUUAUUAUUAUUACUAUUAUUAUUAAUUUUUAUCACCGUCAUUACUGAUAUGUUAUUAUAUUUUCAUGAAUAUGUUAAUCUCUUCCUUUCCUUGAUUAUUAAUAUUAUUAUUAUUAUUAUUUCAAUACCACAAAAUUUUAUUACUAUUUCAGAUAUUUCAGUAUCAAAUAUCAUUAUUGCAAUUAUCACUUUAUUAUGUUUCAGCAUUUUUCAUCUGUUUUUUUUCUUUCCUUUGCCUGUUUGUUGUUCACAAAUAAAAUUUCUAUUCUUAUUU